ACAUAGCGAUGGAGACAUUUUAAAAUAAACACCAAGCUAACUGCUGAUAGAGCUUCGAGCGCACUGCGUCAAAGCACACACAAAUAUCUUCCAUUUAUAAAGAUUAAGUUGAGUACAGCUCCGUACUCUGUUUGCGGUGCAAAUAAGAAAAAAAACAACGAUUUCCGAAAAUGACAAAAAGUCUGACGUCGAUGUACGAAUAACUAACGCCGUGCUGUUAGCUUCCUGUCCAGGCACAUUGGUCCAUCUUUCCUGGACCUUUGGGCUCUGGGCUUAACUCUCUCAAGAAAUGGCUGAUUCAGAAAAAGCAGAGGAAUUUUUGGAUGCUGUGUGCACCCCCGAGUCUCUCGAAGAAGCACAGACCGCUGCGGCUUCUGCUCAAGGAGAACAGGAUGAACAUCUGAAAACGGAGACGACUACUAGUACCAGUUCGCCCCCGAGGGAGAAGGAAGCAGACAGCCCCCUGAAUACUGAGGGAGAGCAAAGUCUUCUCUCCAUGCCAUUUCUAAUGAAGGAGCUUCGCCGGGACUCCCCAGAGUCUCAACAUGCCUCCACAGGAAGUGACAAGCCUGUGUCGCGUCACGUCUACGAAAGCGACUCCUCGAAUCCCUGCAUGUUGUCUCCUUCUUCCAGUGGCCACCUGGCGGACUCGGACACACUUUCCUCAGGGGAAGAAGGUGCUGCUCGUCCUGCUGGCGCAGAGGGCAGUAUGGAAGCUGCGAACGAUCCUGGCCAGUUAGAAAAAAGAGAGACAUCUGCCACAGCUUCAGGGGGCAGAAAGUCUCGCCGGUCGCAUUCGGAGAGUGAAAUGCUUCCAAACGCAAUGGCCGCUAAGAAGAACCGCUGCCAGCCAACCACAGUGGCGCCAGGGCAGGAAAAACAAACCAAUGGCAAGUUGGGAAAAGUGAAAGGUCACCGGAGUCAGAAACACAAGGAGCGCAUGCGUCUGCUGAGGCAGAAGCGAGAGGCGGCGGCUCGGAAGAAGUAUAACCUGCUGCAGGACAGCAGCACCAGUGACAGUGAGCUCACAUGUGACUCCAGCACCAGUUCCUCCGACGAUGAUGACACUUCUGGAGGAAGCAAGACAAUCAAGACAGAUAUUCCAGACGGGCCUCCGGUAGUGGGUCACUAUGAUAUUUCAGGCACUGAUUCUAACCAGGAGAGUUUGAGUGUGGAGACAGUCCGGCCUACGGUGAUAAGGCAUGAGCUAAAAACACACAGAGGCCAGGACAUGGCAGCACACUCUGGGUGUAUAAGAGCUCUGAGCUCGAUCUCAGGCCGUGAGGAGGCAGAGCUGCUGCACAAGGAGGGCUCUCAGCACAAAGGCCAGAUUAACAUUGCUUCCUCAGACAGUGAGGUGGAAAUUGUCGGAGUACAAGAGAACGCACGAUGCUCCCAUCCAUGCGGAGGGGUGAUAAAAAGUCUGUCUUCCUGGAAGGACAAUUCAGUGGAGCAGUUAAACAGCACAAAUCAAUCACAGCUCUGGACUAAUGUUUCCCCUCGCCCAAACUGGGUCUCCCCUCCCGAAGUGGUGGACCUGACGUUGGACGAGGACGGCGGGCACAAAUAUCUACUUUAAAAGCAUUCGCACGCCCCGCCUAGUCUGAUAUAGGCUGCAGCCUAGCCCUUACCUGCUUCUAAACUCCUUGUUAUCUUGGACUCCUAUUUUUAACUUCCUUGUUUAUUAAAGCCAUUCUACUGAUGUGAUUCCCAAAAUCCACUCUCGGCAACUACGACCUAGCUAUAAUGAAAUGGCGCAGUGCUGUGAGUGCAAAGUAAAACUUAAACAAGAGCGGGUUAUCUGUUCACAAUAGCAAUAUCCUCCCUUCGUUCAUUACCUCGGUCACUCCUGCAUACCUGAGUUGGGUAGUUUUUUCUUUUUUUUUUUUUUUGUUUCUCAUGCUCGCAAGUUAAAGAACGUUGCGCCUGCUGCUUUAGAUUUUGUUACACUGCUGUUGAGCUGCAUCUCUGCACACUUUGAGUGGAAUGUUUUCGAUCAGAUUUUUUUGUCUCUCUUUUUCGAUAGCAUUCAAAAUCAAGCUGAAUCUGGCAUGCUUUUUUUUCUCCUUUUUUUUUUUUUUUUUUAAUACAGCGUAAAUAUAUGACAGCAGUACCUGAUCAAAAUAAGUUGUGGAGGGAGUUUAAUUUUAGAGGUCUCAACACUGGAUGUGCAUUCAGAUCAGUCGCUAUACACGCAGUUCGCUUUGCACAGUGUCCAACACCGGCACCGCCGCCUGCUCCAGUUUGUUCAGAAAGUGUUUCAGUCACACCUUAUGGGAAAUGUUACAAAAAUUGUUGCGAGUUAAAUGAGAGGAUUAAUAACACCAGUGAUGCUUCGGCUCUGAUAGAUUUACAUCCAAGGGUAGUGUUUUUAAAACUCACUAAUCAAGACUUAUAUCUGGCACACAGGACCUUACUGUCAUAAUUAUAUAGUUUGACACAUGACUGAUCAGUUUUUUUUUUCCAUCUAAACUUCUAAGACUGGUUGACAUUGGAGUGAUUGUUUGCUUCCAUUCAUAUAGAAAAACAAAAGUCUCUGUUCAGACCUGGUUUAAACAUCUGUUCGGCUGAUUCAGAUCUAUGUAGACGAGUUUAACCAGCAUUCACAGCUGAGAGACCUCAAUUACCUGCUUUAAAUGUUAGACCAAACGCAUCGCCAUGUCGCAGAGUGGGCUGUCUGUUGGCGCUUCGCGAUAAAUACUGUUAAUCACAUCAGCUACAGUUCAUCCAAUUAAAAUUAAUUUAGCCUCUGAACAUCUACAUACCUAGAUCUAGGUUAAAUACGAGAGAAGAAUAGGGUAAAUAACAUCUGAGUCUACAAAAGCCAGCAUUUUAACUACAAAUCUGCCAGAGAUCGGAAUCAGCCUGUUUUCCUUUUAAUUGUCUUAAAUCGGUGAUUUGCAGGUCCAAUGCAAGGAAUUAAAAUUAUUUUCCCCCUAUUCAUUUAAUGCAUCAAAGAACUUGAAUUCUUUUCGCUUAGACGUAUCAACCAGCAACACGUACUUUAAAGCAUGUUUGGCGUAAGAUCAGAUAACGGUUAAAGACAUACAGCUCUGGAACAAAUUAAGAGACCACUUAAAAUGAUCGGUUUCUCUGAUUUGACUUUUUAUAGCUAUAUGUUUGAGUAAAAUGAACAUUGUUCUUUUAUUCUUUGAACUACUGACAACAUGUCAGUAGUUCAAAAAAUAAACACCAAGGCUCACAAACACAUAAAGCAUGUAUGACUUUCUGCAUCAGUAAACACAACAUGAUGAUUGCGCUACAUAAACUGCCUUCAUUACAGGCCUAAACAUGUCUUCAUACAUUAAAACCCAGCUUUGCUACAAAACACGGUGGCUGAACAUAAAAUAUACAUGUUUUGGUUUGUGAUCAAAAAUCUAGGUUUUUAUCUGCAGAAAAUGAGAAAUGGUAAAAAUAACAAGUGCUGUCAGACCUCAAAUAGUGCAAAAAGAAAAAAGUUCAUGUUCAUUUAGAAACAACAAUACUGAUGUUUUAACUUAGGAAGAGUUCAGAAAUCACUAUUUGGUGGAAUAACCAUGGGGCUUUCAAUGGGGCUCAGUGAAUACUUUCCAGAGCUGUAUACCUUCGUACAUAAGUGAUAAAACUAAUUACUACCUGUUCUGCUUUCAAAACUACUACCUCGGUCACAUAAGUUUUUGCUCUUUUUGUCUUUUAAUAUUUAGGGGGAAAAAAUGACUUUGAAUAGGUCAAACUCUAUAUCAGAAAACCUGAAAUUAGAGUCACCCAGGAAAAGCUUGGUUGAUUCAUCGUUAAUUUUGACCGCUCAAACAACGCCUCGGUGAAACGCCCAACUUCUCACCAUCAUCUGUGAACUGCACACGGUUGUUAACCUACACACAACGCUACUUCAAAAUGAAUUGUCAUCUCACACACAGACUUAGAAUGCAACUUAAGCAUUUAUAAAUCAGUUCAUUAUCCUGUCGAUCGGCUUGCUCAGGACAGACGCUGGUGCCAGAAGUGAAUGAAGUCGAACUUUUUCCGAAACGUUUUGUUUAAAUCGUGCUUACAGGUUGAGUUUUUACUGUUGCAUCAAAGGAAGAGUGCGGCUCUGGCUUUAAUUCAACACUAAAACAUUUGGCUCAUUUCCCUCAUGUAAACACAAGGCGGAAUCUAUGAGUUGGCAAAUAAUUCAUUGUUCUAGUUUAAGUUUAGUUUUGAUUGGUGUCAGGACGGAAGCCACGUUUUCAUCUGAGAGACUCUUAUCAGUGAAUGUAUGACCUUGCAGUGCUGGCUCCAUUUUUACCGUUUUGCAUGCUUGUCUUGAAUAGGUGCAUACUUCUUUAAAAAAAAAAAAGAAACUCUGGGAAACCCUUUUUUUUUUAAAAAAAAAGAAAUGUUUCUUUCCUUAAUUACUGCAAAGCAAGAUGGUCUGAAUGCCUUGGAAUGUGCACUAUUUGAUUUUAAAAAUGUACAAAGCCUGUUAUUUUAACUUUACAGAGCAGCAGAUUUUGCUGUCUCAUCCACAAAUAUAUUUUAAUAAUGGUUGUGAAUUAAGCACAUAUAUAAGUAUAUAUAUAUAUAUAUAUAUAUAUAUAUAUAUAUAUAUAUAUAUAUAUACAUACAUGUAUAUAUACUAAAAAGUAAAAGGGGUGUUGAGUUUGUGCUCAUGUGUGAGGCAUUUAAUGUGUGUGGUUUUUUCCCCCGUUCGGUCUCCUCAGGGUCUUCUUGCUUCUUUCCUCCAGUCAUACCUUGUCUUCAUACUGUAGUGGAUCCAAGCUGGUGAAUUUCUAUCAAUAGAUAACCUUUGCAAACUGCUUUGCUGUUUUUUUUGGGGGUGGGGGUUCUUGUUAAACAUUGAAUAACAUUCACUUUCCUAUACCAUACUUAAUAACAUAAUUUAUAAAUUAACUUCACCAGAUGUCAGAAAGGGAACAUUUAAAAUUUUAGCAAUCUAUACCAAAGUCUAAAUGGAAUUUUUGUUCUCAGUUUGUUUCAGUUUUAUUGUGUGAUCUCGAGUCCCUUUAUGCAUUUGAGCCUUUGUAAACUUGGAAAUAUGACACAGAUUAUGUUUUAAAACUCAAAGAUGUCAGUAUAUCUUUGUUUUACUUGGCCAGUUAUUUCCACAGUUUGCAGCUUCCACCUUUAUUAAAUCUUUACCACAACAUUUCUGCUCGUUAGUGACAACAGUAUCAGUAGGCAACGUGGCAGGGAUGCCCGACUGGUUUUACAUUGCAUGUUUAAUAGCAUUUUU